GCCCGCGGACCGUGAGCCCCAGGUCCUCCACCGCCGGGCUGCGGCCACAAAUAGGCUUAUGACGCCACAAGAGAGCGCCCUCCCACUAUCCGAGUUAGCGAUUAGUGUGAUAAAAAACCCAGGUUGACCCUUCCCCCUCGCAGCGCAGAAGCAGUAACGCUGUGUCGUCAGCACGUCUGCCGGAGAGGAGAGGAGAGCCGUGGCGGGGCGUGGUCAGCUACGGAGUCGGUCUCGCGAGGCUUUCCUGCGUUUCUCUGUUCACGGUUGGAUUAGAUCCUAAAUUGUUGGAUUCGUGUUCCUAGUCUUCGCGUACCUGGGUUCCCGGGCUGCUGCCUGGACCCUUCCGCAGCUGUCCUCGAUGUAUCACAACAGCAGCCAGAAGCGGCACUGGACGUUCUCCAGUGAGGAGCAGUUGGGGCGCCUCCGGGCCGACGCCAACCGCAAGUUCAAGUGCAAAGUGGUGGCGAACGGGAAGGUUUUGGCAAAUGAUCCAGUCUUUCUUGAGCCUCAUGAAGAAUUGAUCAUCUGCAAAUAUUAUGAAAAAAGACUAUUAGAUUUCUGUUCCAUAUUUAAGCCUACAAUGCCAAGAUCUGUGGUGGGUACAGCAUGUAUGUAUUUCAAGCGUUUUUACCUCAAUAACUCAGUGAUGGAAUAUCACCCUCGGAUAAUAAUGCUCACUUGUGCAUUUUUGGCAUGUAAAGUAGAUGAAUUUAAUGUGUCCAGUGCACAAUUUGUUGGAAAUCUAAGAGAGAGUCCUCUUGGACAGGAAAAGGCACUUGAACAAAUUUUGGAAUAUGAACUCUUACUUAUUCAGCAGCUUAAUUUCCACCUUAUUGUGCACAAUCCUUACCGGCCAUUUGAGGGUUUUCUCAUUGACUUAAAGACUCGUUAUCCAAUACUAGAAAACCCAGAAGUUCUAAGGAAAACAGCCGAUGACUUUCUAAAUAGAAUUGCUUUGACAGAUGCUUACCUUUUAUAUACACCUUCACAGAUUGCUCUGACUACCAUUUUAUCCAGUGCUUCUAGGGCUGGAAUUAACAUGGAAAGUUAUUUAUCAGAAAGUCUUAUGCUGAAAGAGAAUCGAACCUGUUUGUCACAGUUAUUAGAUACAAUGAAAUGCAUGAAAAACUUAGUAAAGAAGUAUGAACCACCAAGGCCUGAGGAAGUUGCUGCCCUCAAACAGAAACUAGAGAAGUGUCACAGUGCUGAACUUGCAUUUAAUAUAAAUGCAAAGAAGAGGAAAGGUUAUGAAGAUGAUGAGUAUGUCUCAAAGAAAUCUAAGCUGGAAGAGGAAGAAUGGACUGAUGAUGAUCUUAUAGAUUCUCUGUAACUUGAUGGAUGUUACCAAGUGUUAUGUUGGAGCAUUUAAAGUUGAACUGUAAAGUUUGCCACUUCCAAGGAGAAAGAAUCCAAGUGAUUAUCUUAAUUCUAAAGUGUACAGUGAAAAUAAUUCCCUCUAAUUAAACGUUUUCUAUUCCUGGUA